CGAGCAGCUCUUUGUGGAGAUGGCCGACGUGAUGGCUGCCGAGGGCUGGAGGGAUGCGGGCUACGAGUUCGUCUGCAUCGAUGACUGCUGGAUGGCCCCGGCGCGGGGUGGGGGCGGGAUCCGCAAGCUGGCGGACUACGUCCACUCCAAGGGGCUGAAGCUGGGAAUCUACAGCGACGUCGGGAACAAGACGUGUGCCGGCUUCCCUGGCAGUUACAACCACUACGACCUGGAUGCCCAAACGUUUGCGUCCUGGGGCGUUGACCUCCUCAAGUUCGACGGCUGCAACUCCGGCUCGCUGGAGCUCCUGGCAGAAGGUUACAGGCACAUGUCUGUGGCACUGAACAAGACUGGAAGAAGUAUCGUGUACUCCUGUGAGUGGCCUUUCUAUUUGAGGCCAGUGCAGCAGCCCAAUUACACAGAGAUCAAACAAUACUGCAAUCACUGGAGGAACUUUUAUGAUGUCUACGAUUCCUGGAACAGCAUCAAGAGUAUCUUGGACUGGACAGCACUUCACCAGGACAGCAUCGUGAAGAUCGCUGGGCCAGGAGGCUGGAACGAUCCUGACAUGCUGGUGAUUGGAAACUUCGGGCUGAGCUGGGACCAGGAAGUGACCCAGAUGGCCAUGUGGGCCAUUAUGGCAGCUCCCCUCUUCAUGUCUAACGACCUGCGCCGCAUCAGCCCUGAGGCCAAGUGGUUGCUCCAGAACAAAGAGGUGAUCGCCAUCAACCAGGAUCCUCUGGGCAAGCAGGGAUACCGAAUCACCAAGGACAAGGGCUUUGAGCUGUGGGAACGGCCCCUCUCCGGCGGAGCCUACGCUGUGGCAGUGCUGAACCAGAAGGAGAUUGGGGGACCCCAGAACUUCACCUUCUCCCUCACCCUCCUUGGCAACGGGCUAGCCUGCAACCCAGCCUGCUGCAUCCGGCAGGUGCUGCCAGCCAGCAGGAACUGGGGGGUUUACACCUGGGUCUCCUCCUUGAGCGUCGAAGUGAACCCAACAGGCACCGUCCUGCUCAGAGUAACUGCACUAUAG